CCACUUUGUUCAGUCAAUCAAGAGUUUUUCAGAGCAGUGGAGGAGCAGGAAACCGACUGAUAAGAGGACAGUUGUGGAGCAUCCAGCAUCAAGACUCUUAAGAGUGGGUGGACACUUGAACAGAAGAGACAGAGUUUCAUCCCAGCUUUUAUGAGAAAAAUCCUUUACCAUCCAAUGAUUUUGGGGUGUUUUUCCCUUCAGCAUGGGUUUUCUUUUCCUUUUCCUGCUAAUGGCUCUGCCAAGCCCUGCCCUCUUGAGUCAAGAUUUGCAGACAAGAACUCAAAGUGCACCCAGGGAUGUGAAACCUCAACCAAUUAAAGUUGUUAUUUCAGACACAUGCGCACAAGACGGGUCAAAAGAUAGAGAGAUAGACUUGGAUCCUGAUUCUCCUCUUGUGCUGACCCAUCAAAUCCGUCUGGUCCCAGUGUCAGGAGAAGGCUGCAGUCAGUGUAAAGUGGAUUUUGCAGCCUUGUAUGAACGCAUUGAAACACUGGAGAAGGAAGUCUCUGAUCUGAGGGAGAAAUGUGGAAGUUCAGAGGGAUGCUGCACCUCGCAACAAAGCAAAGGUCCAAUGGGUUCUACAGUUCGUCCCACGACAGAUGACUGUCCAGAUGACUGCAAAAAUCAGGGUCGCUGUGUAGACAGGAAGUGUGUGUGUUUCCCAGGAUUCAGUGGACCUGACUGUAGCACAACUGAAUGCCCUGAUGACUGCAACAACAGAGGCAAAUGUGUAAAAGGACAGUGUGUUUGUGAUCCAGGCUUUACUGGUUCAGCGUGUUCUUCCAGUGCAUGUCCUGAAAACUGCAAUUCCAGAGGACGUUGUGUUAACGGCAGGUGUGUGUGUGAUCUUGGGUUCACUGGGCCCAGCUGCAAGACAGAGAGCUGUCCGGAAAACUGUAAUAACCAUGGUCGCUGUGUGAACAGCAAGUGUGUGUGUGACACAGGAUUUACUGGUCGUGACUGUUCCAAAGUAUCUUGCUCAGAAAACUGUAAUAACAGGGGACGGUGUGUGAAUGGACAGUGCGUGUGUAAUCCUGGCUUCACAGGGCAAGCUUGCUCUGUCAAAACAUGUCCAAAUAACUGCAACAACCGUGGACCAUGCAUAAAUGGCAAAUGUGUCUGUGAGGGUGGGUUUACAGGGCCGGACUGUUCAUCCAUGUCUUGUCCUGGGAAUUGCAGCAACCGGGGCAAAUGCCUUGAUAGCCAGUGUGUGUGUCAGAGUGGUUUCACUGGACCAGACUGCUCAUCCAAGGCUUGUCCGAAUAAUUGCAAUGACAAAGGCAGAUGUGUUAAUGGUGAGUGUGUCUGUGAUGUGGGGUUUUCUGGUCAAGACUGCUCUGCCAAAACCUGCCCCAACAACUGCAAUAACAGAGGACGUUGUGUAAAGGGCCACUGUGUGUGUCGCCGUGGUUUUACAGGGACCAGCUGCAGUAAGUGUGAGUCUGGCUUCACAGGGGACAACUGUGAUACAGCACUGUUAGGUGUCUCACAACUCAGCAUGAGCAACAUCACUGAAUCAUCCGUCAGUUUGUUCUGGACUCCACCUGCAGUUCAGUACGACACAUUCCUCAUCACCUUCACCAGCACGAAAGACACAAAUCAGAAAAUAUCCUCUAAGAUCAAUGGUAGACUGACCACUUACACUCAGACUGGCCUGACUGCUGGACAGAAGUACAUGGUCAGCAUAACUGGAGCAAAAGAGGGCAUGAUGGGAGCAGAAAGCACAGCAGAAUUCACCACCUUGAUCUCCAGACCCAAAGACUUACAGAUUGUGAAGACAUCAACUAAAUCAAUCAUUGUCAAAUGGGUAAAAGCACAGGGAGAGAUUGACAGGUACGUCCUCUCCGUUACACCCAAUGAGACAUCAUGCAGACUUCCAGAGGUCUCCAGAGACUACCUGCCCCCAGAAAGGCGCAUAGCCCAAAUUGUUGGCUUGGAACCAGGUUGCUUAUAUGACAUCUCAUUAGUGGCGGAAAAAGAUGGCAUCAAGAGCCUUCCGGCAAGCAUACAGGCAACAACUGGCAACACCUUAAAGCCUGCAGACAGGAUGACAAUGGGGACUGUGACCAUGCAUGUAAAUUUGAAUGCUGUCAACAACAAAGAAAAGGGUCCAUGGUUAACAAACACAACAACUCUGUUCCCGAGGAAGCAAGGACUAAGCACAAUGAAUCAGCCAACAAAAGAAAGGUCUGAAGAUUCAGAUAUAACAGGAAAUAACACUGACCUUAAAACAGGCAUUUUCAUUAGACCUAGGCAAAAAAGACCCCUACCCUUAGAUAAAGAUAGGACAUUACCCAGACCUGGAACAAGCACAGACACCAUAAGAACACCUUAUAGUCCAGAAAUAAAACAUUUAAAUUCUACCAGGAUAGGCUUCGGACGGAGACGAAUAGUUGUGCCUUCUUCAAUAAAGUCAGCAAUAUUGAAUCCAGUGAGACCAAAGACCCCAGAUGUGGACUUAACCCAUCAUAUUUCUGAUGGUAAACUACUAGAAUUGCUCAUGAAAGAAACACAACCUGAUGAGGGACUGCAUUUUAGAAGAGCACCUUCUAGGAUAAUGAGAAAUGGCACUACAAGCCCCAAAUAUCAGAAACACAUAGCCACUUCAUCUACCACAUCACAUAUUUUCAGUAAUCUCACUGAAUCAACUGAAGAGCCAACAAUCACAACAGAAAAAAACCUUACAGCCUAUAUAAAUGGGACAAAAUGUGUAAGAAAAGUUUUGGUUGGUUACAGGAAGAUAGGUGUACAUGGAAACACAACAUCAGAAGGAAAUACACGGUUUAAAAACCUUACAGUUAUAGUUGGCCACAUAAAUGGAAAUGAUGUCUUAACCAAACUUCUAACAGGCAGUUCAAGUGAUAAAGGGGUGGUUAGAAGGCUGGAUCAACCAACAGCUGAGACUUUUGAGGCUAGACGAAGAGUGAACGAGGAAGCAGGAGAGAAGGACACUGAAGCUGAUACGGAGAAAGAGAAAACUUUUGCAGGUAUAAUGAAUGCCAUCCCCUCUUCAGCAAGGCAAUCUGAGACAAAUGAUUAUCCCAUCACAACCACAGCUUCUUUUCCAAAUCUUUCUACCCAACCAUUUUUAGCACAACCUGAGAGAGUGGAACAAAAUACAGGAGAUCAGUCAACUACAGAAAGAUCACCCAGGAAAACCAGUAUCAAGCAAUUAUCCAUCCCCAGACUAACAACUAAAGCAAAACAUCCAAGUUCAGCUCCCCCCCCAUUAGAUGGUAAAUCUCCUUUAGAGUCAACUUCAUCUUCACAGAAAAGCAAUCACCCAUCAUGGUCUGGUUCCAUUGCCUCCCAAGCUUCAACUCCUGAACCAGUUCAGAACUCAACAACUCAGAGUUCUCUUUUAUUCAUCAAAGCUCCCAUAAAAAAUAACACUGUAAAUUCAAAUAGUGGCAGGCAGGUUUUCGGUCUGAUGCCAUUCCAACGCACACCCUUAAGGGGUUCUCUUCAUCAUCAUUCUUUUGUCAGUCGAAACGGCUCAAGACAAAUUCUACAAAAACCUUUGUACCCAUACCGAGGUCCCAUAAGGCGACCUUUACCUUCAAAAGGCAUAAUAAGAAACAACAGAACCCUCAACCAAGUCAAUCCUAUUCAACAAGUAAAACCUGCCAUCCUUGCUGCUAAACAAAACAGCACUAGUAUCAGUAUUAGACCCAACACAAUUCUACACAGGAGCAAUGGAACAGCUAAUAGACAUACAGCAAACAGAAAGUCACAAAUAAAACAUAGUGACACCACUCAAAUGGGCCCAAACAUAAAGCAGUAUGAAAAUGAAAUGUCUGAUAAGUCUUUUGUUACAAACCCUCUAACAGAAAAAAAUAAUAAGACUCAGGAAUAUGUGUUGAAUGAACCUGAUAGCUCUAUUGAGAAAGUAAGGGUCAAUAAUGUAACAUCAACUGGGUUUGUAGUAUUAUGGGAAGCGCCGAAAGGAAAGUUCCGACAUUUUGUAAUCACUCAUACUGAGCUUGCAGAACAAAACAAAGCAGAAAAUGUUGGGAUGACAAAGGACCAAGAGAGUAAGGAAAUAAAUGAAGAUGACCAAGACAGCCGAAACAAUGAAGAUAAAAGUCAGAAAGAAGUUCUUGAGGCAAAAGCAGCAAAGAAAGGCAGUUUAAGCAAGGAAAAAAGUGCUGGUCACAAACUCAUGCCAAAUGUACAGAGCAUAAACACAAAUAAAAGUGGAGAAAGCACUAAGAAAUUUACAACAGUUCUCCCUGGAUCAGCCCGUUCGCACCGAAUUAUAAAUCUCAGCCCACAGACAAGAUACUCUGUGUCCAUAAUUGGAAAGGGACCUGCAUUUCGCUCCAGAACUCACAACCUCACCGUACAUACAGGUCCUGAGCCUCCAUCUAAUCUAUCAUUCAGUGAUGUGACCGACGGCUCUUUUACUGUGUCCUGGGCCAAGACGGAGAGCAAAGUGUCUGGAUUUAAGAUCACCUAUACUAACGUCCAAGAAGGUAAGCCAAUCUCUGUUAGUGUGGAUUCUAAAACCAUCCACGUGGCUCUCUCAAAACUGUCACCUGGUUCCACCUAUGAGGUCAGUGUAAGGUCAAUGCUAGGACAAGAGGAGAGUGACACAAUCAAGGACAUUGUUACCACUUUGCCUGACACACCAACAGACCUGAAGGCUAUAAACAUAACAGACAGCAAAGCCCUGUUGUUGUGGAGACCUGCCCUGGCAACCAUUGAUCAUUAUAUAAUUAGGUACAGUUCUGAGACAGCACCUGGGUCUGGAAUAACCAUGAAAGUAUCUGGCAAUGCUGCAGAACAACAGUUACAGACCCUGGAAGCUUCCACUGAGUAUAGAGUGACCAUCCAAAGCCAGCUGGGAGACAUAAUCAGCUCAGAAGCCACCACAGUUUUCACAACAUCAAGUGGUGCUGAUAAACAAGGGGACAGUCCUCGUGAUCUGAAAGCCAGUCAGGUGACACCUCGUACUGCGGUGUUGUCAUGGAAACCACCUGCUUCAGGCUUCACCAGUUACAAACUAAGUUAUUACACAGAUGGCCAGGACAUUAAGGAAGUGAUUCUUGACCCCACAAUCAAGGAGUACAAGUUAACUAGGCUACACCCAAUGUCAACAUACACAGCUCAACUACAGGUUGAAAGAGGUGGUCUUCAUAUGACUGCUAUCUCUACAGAAUUUACCACUGGGAAUCUCCGCUUCCCGUUUCCCACUGAUUGUUCCCAAGAACAGCAGAAUGGAGCACUAGAGUCUGGUAUCGUAGAAGUGUUUCCAAAGGGGAACCAGGAAAAGCCAGUGAUGGUUUACUGUGACAUGGAGACUGAUGGAGGAGGGUGGACGGUUUUUCAGAGGAGAAAGACUGGAAAAACUAACUUUUUUAGGGGUUGGCGUGAAUACAGCAGGGGAUUUGGUGAGCUGGAUGAGGAAUUCUGGCUUGGAAAUGAACAACUUCAUAACUUCACUCAGAUAAGUCCAAUGAUGUUGAGAGUGGACCUUAGAACGGGAGAUGAGUCGGUUUAUGCUCAGUAUUCCACCUUCUUUGUGGAAAGCCAGAAAAAACACUACACCAUCACAGUAUCUGGAUAUUCUGGCACAGCCGGUGACUCAAUGACAUACCAUGAUGGACGCCCCUUUUCCACCAAGGACAAAGACCCUCGGCCUUUUAUCACCCGCUGUGCCAUGUCUUACAGAGGUGGCUGGUGGUACAAGAACUGCCAUGAGGCCAACCUUAACGGCCUUUAUAACACAAACACCAACCACCAGGGAGUGAUUUGGACUGAGUGGAAAGGCAAAAAUGUCUCUAUUCCCUUCACUGAGAUGAAAUUUCGACCAGCAUCAUUUAAGCCCUGAAUUCUGGGAUAGACAGAGCUAGUAAAUGAGACAAUGGAGAAGCAGGGACACAUACCUCGAUGGCCACAAACAUACAUACAGACUAUAUUACUGCAUACCACAUACAUGCAACACACACCCUCACAAACAAAUAUGAUUAACACACAUGUAACCACAAUAAAAUUAUUGUAAACUAGAUAACAGCACAUAAUCUAAAAUAUCUAAAGGCUAUAUAUGCCAAUCAUAUACAGUGUCUAUAAUAUAUUUCUAGAGUUUUUACAAAUUCUUAAGUUUUUCAUUACCGUUUCUAGAUUAUCUGUUGUCUGUGCAUAGCGAAUACCUCACAGCUGUUGUCAGGAAUAUUAAAGAAUAUAUUUAAGAAAUAUUAUGCAUCUUUUUCACUAGGAUGACAUUAUAGGUGAGGUUUCACAAUAUUUUGAUGCUUAUAUUCAUAGUGUUCUUAUGCUGUAUUGUAUCUGAGUGUCAGAAUUCUGUGAUUUCAUAAAAUAAAAAGCUGA